UCCAUUCAUUUCCUCCUGAGAAACACACGGCGGAGGAGGGAAGAGAAAGAGAAGGGGGUCACAUCAGAAAGUGCGACAGAGGAAGACAAGACAGAAAAGAGGGAGACAAAAGGACGCUCUAAGGAUAGUGGUUCUCGCUCUCAAUUACUGAGGUUAAUAAACAAGGAACAGUGCUAUCAGGAUGUUGAUGCUGGAUGGGAUGCCAGCCCUGCCAGUUAAAAUCGAUCCUGCAGAGUCACAGAGACGGUCUCCUGUGAUCCAUGACUAUACAGAGAUGGGCGUGCUGGUGUUAAACCGCAGAUUUCGGACACAGUCAGAUGACAGACGGUUCCUGUCCGACCCCUUCCAGACACAAACAGAGCCAGUGGACCUGUCCACCAACAGAGCCAGAACCUCCCCGUCACUUUCAGCACCGUCAUCUUUAUCCUCGUCUCCCUCGUCCUCGUCCUCAUCAUCAAUACGAUUCUGUCCACGGUCCCCUCCUUCCAGCAAGUCUCUGUCAUCUUCAUCACCGUCAUCAUUAUCCAUGCCUUCAUCUUCCUCCACUUCAGUGAUAACCCCAGUUCCUCGUUUGAAGAUGUCUCCGUCCUGCUCUGGCCCAGUGCUGGCAUCUCCCCCAUCCAGGAGUCUCCGGGGGCAGUCGUUUUUGCACAUACCCCAGCUGAUGCCUCCUUGCUCCAGCCCGAUCCACCUCCACCCACGGCGGGUGCCGGUGGUGAUGCAGCCCAUGCCGCUGAUCUACACUGGGGUGAGAUCGCUGGGUAACAGCAGGCUCAUGAUGCCGCUGCUAGAGGAAAACAGGAUGCACAGGAAAGUCACACACCGAAUCGCAGAUGGACUGUCACCGCGGCGAUCUUUGAGUGACAGCGAGGAUGAUGACCUGCCCAACGUGACCUUGGAGAGUGUGAAUGAAACAGGAUCCACUGCCCUGACUAUCGCCCGCGCUGUCCAAGAUUCCCUGUUGCCGUUCAGUAUUGAGAGUCUGCGGAGGCCCAGGCCUUCAGAGUCGCCCGACUCAAAGAGAAGACGCAUUCACAGGUGUGAGUUUGAGGGCUGUAAUAAGGUUUACACCAAGAGCUCUCAUCUUAAAGCCCACAGACGUACACACACAGGUGAAAAGCCAUACAAGUGCACGUGGGACAACUGCACAUGGAAGUUCGCUCGCUCUGACGAGCUGACACGGCAUUACCGCAAACACACCGGUGUUAAACCAUUCAAAUGCAGCGACUGCGACCGCAGCUUCUCCCGCUCGGACCACCUCGCCCUCCACCGCCGCAGACACGUCCCACAGACAUGCAUAGUGUGAAAAAGACACUUGAUGGACAAUAUAAGCAGACGGAGCGGGUCUCUAUCUGCCAGUGUCGCAUGCAGAAGGUCUGGAAUGAUUCCCCGCACAACAAUAAUGAGGUGAAGGACAUGGGAGUUAGGACAGGAAGAUGAGAUCUGCCUUCCCUCAUAUUGUUUAUCUUCUGCACUUUUAUGUGAGGUUUAUUCAUGAAGGAGUCUUGUACUAAUGAACUAUUAAAAGCCAUUUGCUGUUAAAUGUAUUUGAUUCUCCAAACCUUCAGGUUUGCCUUCAGGUUUACUC